AUGGUGUUCGGCAUCAAGAACAAGAAGAGCGCAAAGAAGCUCAGCAAGCAGGACGCACCACAGCACUCCAACGGCAACGCCAACGCCACCGCCAGGCACCAUGGCCACCAGACCAACCAACACGCCGACGCCGACCCCGGCUUGACCGCCGCGCCACCCUCGUUCAAAUACGGCGGCAACGUCAGCAAACGCCAGUUUGACAUCGCAGGCCUGCCCGUAAACGUCUUUGGCAUCGACGAGCUCACCCCGGCUCCCUCGCGCGCAUCCGCACCCCAGCCGCCCCAGGUCUGCGUCGUCAUCCACCUCCACGGCAGGGGCGGCAGCGCAGACAACGAGGAGAAAAUCGCCAGGCAGCUCCACGACCGCAUCCAGCGCGACAAGGACGCCUUCCAGCAGCAGCAUCCCGACGCCGCAGCAUACCAGCGAGACCACCUCGUCGUCACGUUCGACGCCCGCAAUCACGGCCACCGCAUGACCAACCAGCUCGGCCAGCAGGCCUGGAAGCAGGGCAACCAGAACCACGCCCUCGACCUCUACGGCAUGAUCGUCGGAGGCGCAAGGGACACCAGCUUCAUCGUCGACCUUCUCGCUCCUUACCUCUUCCAGCACGACGAGCGCACCGUCGCAGAGUGGGUCGUCACCGGCAAGAGCCUCGGCGGCCACUCGACCUGGCACGUCCUCGCCAACGAGCCCCGAAUCCGCAUCGGCGUCCCGUUUAUCGGCAUGCCCGACUACAACCGCCUGCUCAACUCCCGCACCAAGACGUCGUUUGUCACCAACGGCCCUCCCUACGUGCCCGGCUCGCUCAAAUCGCUCAUCAACCAGAUCGACCCGUCGGUCGUCGACCACGAGUCCUUCGACCCGGCGCGCAACCCCUUCUGGGGCAAGAAGAUCUGCGUGCUGAGCGGCGCCGAGGACCGCCUGGUGCUUUGGGAUUGGAACGAAAAGUUUCUCAAGGAGCUCGUCGUCGGCGAGCCCAGCGGACCGCGCGGCGAAAUGGACGGCCUCAAGAUCCACCGCUACUCGGGCGUCGGUCACGAAGUUACCGAAAGCAUGGUCGAGGAAGCCGGCGAGUGGAUCUGGCGCUGGGGCGUCGCGGGCCAGGCCGCACGAUAG